AUGGCUCAAGCGAACAACACCAAUGGCACUAAUGGGGUUAACAGCACACUCCCCGCGCUGCGUACCAACCCCAAGGCCAUCUUCUUCACCGACUUUGACGGUACCAUCACGCUGCAGGACAGCAACGACUUUAUGACAGAUAACCUAGGAUACGGCGCUGAGCUCCGUAAGAAGGGCAACCAUGACGUGUUGUUUGGCAAGCGUACGUUCCGCGACAGCUUCCAGGAGAUGAUGGAUAGCAUCAAGACCCCCUACGACCAAUGCAUUGCCACUCUACUUGAAAAUGUUCAACUCGACCCUCACUUUGCCGAGUUCUUCGCCUGGACUCGUGCAAACAAUGUCCCUGUUGUCGUCCUGAGCGGUGGCAUGCAGCCCAUCAUCCGUGCUUUACUCGCCCACCUUGUUGGUGAGGAUGCUGUCCAGCAUAUGCAGAUUGUCAGCAAUGACGUUGAGGCCAGACCGGGCAAGAGCAUUAACGAAGAGAAUGGCUGGAACAUCAAGUUCCACGAUGACAGCGACUUUGGACACGACAAGUCCCUCGAAAUUAGACCGUAUGCUGCGCUACCGGAGCGGCCUAUCAUGUUCUACGCCGGAGAUGGCGUCUCAGACCUGUCUGCUGCCAAGGAAACCGAUCUGCUAUUUGCCAAGGCCGGACGAGACCUCGUCACGUACUGCGAGAAUGAGAAGGUGCCAUUUGUCACUUUCAACGACUUCUCCGACAUCCACAAGAUUGUUGCAGACGUGGUCGAAGGCAAGAUCACCGUUCAGGAAGCGGCGAAGGGAAGAGUGUAA